AUGUUUCUUCAGCUCUUAACCUUGGCCUCCCUGGUCCUCCUUCCCUUACUUUUUUUCUUCGUCUUCAAGGCUUCAUCACAACCAAACCCCAAAACCAGCAACAACACCAAGCUCCCCAAAUCAUACCCAAUAAUCGGCUCUUUCAUAACCCUCUACAAAAACCAUGAACGCAGGCUCCCAUGGUUCACAGACCUCCUCCGAAGCUCGCCAUCAAACACCUUCACCCUCCACCACUCUCUGGGCAAGCACUUCGUCGUCACGGCCAACCCCACUGUCGUCCAGCACAUCCUUAAGACCCAGUUCCCCAUCUACGAAAAAGGCAACACAUUCCGCACCACCCUCACCGACCUCCUCGGUGACGGCAUCUUCAACGCCGACGGCGACAACUGGAAGUUCCAGCGCCAAGUCUCCAGCCACGAAUUCAACACCAAGUCUCUGCGUAAAUUCGUCGAACAGGUCGUGGACACCGAGCUCUCCGACCGCCUCAUUCCCAUUCUCUCCGCCCCCGCAACCAACAAUUCAAUUCUGGACUUCCAAGACAUUCUCCAACGCUUCGCCUUCGAUAACAUCUGCAGAAUCGCAUUUGGAUACGACCCGGCUUACCUGCUACCCUCUCUGCCCGAAGCCAAAUUCGCAGUGGCUUUUGACGAAGCCGUUCAAAUCAGCAGCGACAGGUUCAGAUCGUUACCCCCAGUGUGGAAGCUCAAAAGGGUUCUCGGAAUUGGCUCCGAGAAGCGCCUCCGAGCUGCGGUCUCCGAAGUUCGUGAGUUCGCGAACACCAUUGUCAGGGAGAAGAAGCGAGAGCUGAGCGAGACGAAGGCUCUAGAGUCCGUGGAUCUCCUCUCCCGAUUCUUAGGCUCAGGCCACUCGGAUGAAAAGUUCGUCACCGACAUCGUCAUCAGCUUCACCCUCGCCGGCCGAGAUACCACGUCGGCAGCUCUCACAUGGUUCUUCUGGCUACUAUCGCAGAACCCACAUGUGGAAAACGAGAUUCUAAAGGAGAUCAGCGGAACGGCGGAGCCGGAGUCGGCCGCAGGGGGUUACGACGAGGUGAAGGAGAUGGUGUACACUCACGCGGCGCUGUGCGAGAGCAUGAGGCUGUACCCGCCGGUUGCCGUUGACAGCAAACAGGCGAUGAAGGACGACGUCUUGCCGGAUGGGACGAAGGUGAAGAAGGGAAUGACGGUGACCUACCACGUGUACGCGAUGGGACGGAUGGAGGAGAUUUGGGGGGGAGGACUGGGCAGAGUACAGGCCCGAGAGGUGGCUGGAGAGAGAGGAGAAUGGGGCCCACAAGUGGAAGUUUGUCGGGAGGGACUCGUUCAGCUACCCUGUGUUUCAGGCGGGGCCCAGGAUCUGUUUGGGGAAGGAGAUGGCGUUUCUGCAGAUGAAGAGGGUGGUGAGUGCGGUUUUGAAGAGGUUCAAGGUGGUCCCGGUGGAGAGGGAGGGUGGAGCCCAGCCAGAGUUUGUGGCCUACCUCACCGGAAAAAUGAAAGGUGGCUUUCCCGUCACCAUUGUGGAGAGGGCUUGAGGAAGAAUAUGUAUGUUUUGUUCACCGAGUUUCAGUGUGUACACGAUAUAGUCUUAACAAUUAGUACGUGCGUAAUUAAGUUGUAG